CCAGUCGACUGCGCACGUGCAUUCCCACCGGCAAACGCCAGAUCCACGUCGGCAAUCAUGAUGUCUGUAUCGCAGUUCAAGAAAGAGGCCAACUGGUUCAUGGUCUACUACCUGUCGGUGGUCCACCUCGGAGCACUCGAAGGUUUACGUCGUCUCUUCUCCUGCAAAUGGGAAAUGUUCCCAUUAUUCGUCUUCAUCUACUACCUGACGGGUCUGGGCAUCACAAUGGGCGCUCAUCGUCUAUGGGCGCACCGCAGCUACAAGGCGCACGGCAUCGUGCGCUUCUUCCUCAUGCUCUGCAACUGUAUGGCCAACCAGGGCACCAUUUUCCACUGGAGUCGUGACCACCGUGUGCACCACAAAUACUCGGACACGGUGGCGGACCCGCACGACUCUGGUCGUGGCUUCUUCUUCGCUCACAUGGGCUGGUUGCUUGUCAAGAAAGACCCGCGUGUGCUGGAGGCCGGUACUAAGCUCAACUAUGACGAUCUGUGGGCUGACUGGACCGUCGUGAUGCAGGAGAAGCUCAACCCGUGGGGCAAUUUAUUUAUGUGCUUCGUCUUCCCCACGAUCGUGGGCGUACAAGCCAUCGGCGAGGACUGGAAAAACGCGCUUUUCGUCCUUGGUUUCCUGCGCUAUGUGGCUGUACUUCACGCGACGUGGCUCGUCAACAGCGCCGCUCAUUUCUAUGGCUACCAGACCUAUGACAACAUUCCCCCGCGUGAGAACUGGUUCGUGUCGCUCUGGGCUAUUGGCGAAGGCUGGCACAACUGGCACCACAAGUUCCCGUACGACUACGCCACAAGCGAGUUCGGCGCCACGGCACAGUUCAACCCUACUAAGCUUACGAUCGACUUCAUGGCCCUUCUGGGUCUUGUCACGGACCGCAAGCGUGCCACUGAGAUCUGGUCAAAGAUCAAGGAAUCCAAGGAAAAGGGCUCCAAGUUCCAGGAUCCCAAUGGAGACGACCCCAACCAGGCUUUCUCCGAACUCAAGGCCAAAGCCAAUUAAAACAGCCUAGUCAGUCAGCAUGUUUUGUACAUCCCGGUGUCUUCGCUUGUGGUGAGGAGCAUAGGAUUAAGAAUAUUUUCGCUAACAAGCUUACCUUAUUGAUCGAAACAAA